ACCCUUCAUUUGCAUUGCAAUUACAUUGUUUCCAUCCACAAACAAUGGCCACCAUGAACUCCACCGUGCUGGCCUGCACCUAUGCCCUCCCGGGGACCUCCGACUCACCCCCAAAGCUCGUGGUCGCCCCUUCGUUCGCACCGGUGGCUUCUUCUUCCUCCUUCAAGCUGCCCGUCAUCAGAGCGCAGCAAGUUCGAGUGGCGGCUGCUAGAGAGGACGUGCAGAGGGAAGGAAGAAGAGCUGCUCUCGUCGGUCUCGCUGCUGCCCUCCUCGCUUCCGCAGCAACCACUUCAUCCGCACAUGCCAGCGUCUUCGAUGAAUAUCUCGAAAAGAGCAAAGUUAACAAGGAAUUGAACGACAAGAAGAGGUCGGCGACGACCAAUGCUAACUUUGCUCGUGCAUACACAGUCGAGUUCGGAACCUGCAAGUUUCCUGAGAACUUCACUGGCUGUCACGACCUGGCAAAGCACAAGAAAGUGCCUUUCCUCAGCGAUGACUUGGAGAUUGAGUGCGAGGGCAAAGACAAAUACAAGUGUGGAUCCAAUGUCUUCUGGAAAUGGUCAAAAUAGAAACGUCAUGCAACUUCAUUGUCAUUUUGUGUAAUGUCACUCAAUUACUAUUGUACUCUUGUAGAAUUACAUAUAUAAUAUUGUAACCUUUAUUUAUAAUUUUGUGUAAUCACUCAAUUACUCUCUAACAAUCUUCUUGGUACC